CGCGCUCGUCGCACGGGGGCAGGAGUGAGUCCAAGGGCCGAGGUCUACCGGGAAUACAGUGAAGUGAAGUUGACACAGUGAGAGAGAGGGCGCGAAUUCCUGGCGCAGGCUACGUCGUCACCGUCGGCAAGAUUCUGUCUCCCAGGUACCGGGCGAGUCCUGGGGUGGCGACAGAGGCACCUGCAGGUGCCCGUAGCCCGAAGGAACCACCUGCGUCUACCGUGAUGACGGUCCAUCAUCAGCAGAACCACCACGUGGCCGCUCUCAGUGGCGUCGCCGUGGCCAAUAACGGACUGAACCUCAGCAGGAUGUCCGGCCUGGAGGCGCACCGGCUGGAGAACAUCGUCGACCGGAACGGCGUCGAGCGCCUCUCCAACGGUCUGGACUCGCGGAACAACAAUCUAAAUAAUAACAACGGCCUGGAGAGGGGCGACGCCUCGACGACGAUGCCGCAGCGAUCGAGGUUUAUGAUCACCGACAUCCUGGGCGGCGCGUCCAGCAAGAUGCACCAGACCGGGCUGCCCAGCCAGGAACCACCCGGAAGUCCACCCUCGACGCCGCGAGACCUCAGUGUCAGGCAUCAGUCCAGAACGUCCUUGAGCAACAGCAAUCUGGACGAGGACAGCGACGCCAGCCACCACGACGGCGCUUCCGUUACUUCCAAUGGUGGCAAAGAGGAUGAUCCUAAAAGCUCGUCCUCGAGCUCCCUGGGUUCCGCGCAAAGUAAGAAGCAGCGUAAAGCGCGCACAGCUUUCACGGAUCACCAGCUUCAGACCCUCGAGAAGAGCUUCGAGCGGCAGAAGUACCUCAGCGUUCAGGACAGAAUGGAACUAGCGGCGAAACUGCAGCUGACGGACACGCAAGUGAAAACGUGGUACCAAAACAGAAGAACGAAAUGGAAGCGGCAGACGAUCGUGGGCUUCGAGAUCAUGGCCGAGAACAACUUCGCCGUGGCGGCGUUCCAGCAGCUGUACGGGAGCGGCGCGGCGACCAUACCUGCGCACCCCGCCGCCGGGCGCUACUGGCAGUACCCCGGCGCGCAUACGUUACCCACGAACGGAUUCUUCUACCAGCAGGCCUCGGCGGCGGCGACCCUGCAGAAGCCGCUUCCCUACCGUCUGUACCCGCCCACGAUGAUCUUAGCGGGGCCGAGCAACCCUUUGGGUUCUUUGACGGCGAGCUCCAGCCUAUCCUCCCUCAGCAACUACUACAGAGACAGCCCGGAAAUGGCCGACGGCCGGGACUCUUCGAGGAAGAGGGAGAGGAGCAAGAGUCCGGAAUCGAGGGACAGGUCGCCGCCCAGGAAGUCGGCCGCGAGAUUGUACCAGUUGCCGAUGAUGCAGGCGGGCCCCAGCAAUCCCCUCGGCACCCUCACGGCGACCUCGAACCUCCCCAACAUGAACAACUACUACAGGGACAGUCCGGAGCUGGUGGAGGGAAGGGAUAACAUGGACAGGUCGAGGAAGCAGGAGAGAAGCAAGACUCCGGACUCCAGCGACAGGUCACCCCUGAGGAAGGACGCGCGAGCCUAUCCCUCGACGAUGAUCCAACCGGGUCCCAGCAACCCCCUCGGCCCCCUCGCCACGGCCGGUUCGAAUCUAUCGAACUUGAAUAACUACUACAGAGACAGCCCGGAAAUAGUGGACGGCAGGGAAGGUAUGAACCGGGCGCGGCAACGGGAGAGGAGCCAAAGCCAGGACAGAUCGCCCAUGCAAAGGGAGGAUAGCCCUCGGAGCAUAAGGGCCGAUAGCGACGAGGAGAGCAUACACGAUAUCUAGAACAUGGAGGUCCCUCGUGCCGCCAAUGGCGUGUCCGAAACGUCGCACUGUGACUAUGAAGAGGAGAAGGGGGAGGAGGAUGACGACGAGUGCGUCACGCAGCAGGAUUAGGAAAGCAGCGACGCGACCUCCUCGUGAUGACGAUGCUAAGGUGCGAGAGCGAGUGAAUGGCGGACGAAGAAGAGCCGACUCGCCUCGACGAAACAUUUUACUAGAAAUAUCGAGUACGUGACUCCCUUUGGAAGGUCCUUGUGAAUCGGGCAGCUACCGGGAA